AUGCCUCCCCCUAUCCCGCCGCGCGCCCACCGUGUCCAUCCCUCGCAGCGCAACCUCAACCGCAUCUCGACCGCGCCGACCGCAGCCGCCCGCAAGCGAUACGCCAUCCAGCCUGGCAGCCCCGAGAUCAUCUCCAGCCUCAUCACCAGCCUGAGUGCCAUCGCCGAGCCUGCCAACCACCACUUCGACUCGGGCUUGGCCACCAGCCUGUCCCUACCGACGAGCCCCGAUCUCGGCCACAGCUCCAGGAGCGGCUCUGGCAGCUUCGGCGUCGACUACGGAGCCUACAGGCAGUCUUCGCUUCACGACGACCACAGCGGACCCGUCUCCCUCGACGACCUUGCCGCGAGCCCGCCCGUGAUCCGCACCUCGAAGCCCCCGAGCGGUUUCUCGCCUCUGACCGCGCCGCAAAGCCCUCGCAGCCAUCGCAGCACCAGCCGCGAGAGCGGCUUCAGAUCCUUUAUACGAAGCGCCGCAAGCUCCCGCCCGUCGUCCACGGGCUCCUUCGCCUCCAAGAAUGACGAUGCGCGCAGCAUUGGAAACCUGUCUGUAGAACGUGGCUCUGCGCCGCAUCCGGAGCUCAGGCCGCGCCGCUCGCUCGACAGCUGGGGAAAGAAAUCGGGGCGCGGCAGCAAGGUGCUCAGUUAUAUGGGCUCCAAAGAGCACCUUCGCGAACCACAUAUUGACAGGAAACGUGCUUCUUCUACCUCAGUUGUUGGCGGCAGCGCAGCAGCAUCAGCGGCCAGCACUCAGACCGGGUCCAAGACGGAUAACUUCUUCGUGGGAGGCGCCAUCACCGAGGAGCCGACAACGGUCACGACAUAUGAUUCACUGCUGGGAGACGGCCUGCAUCACAUUCCAGUUCGCGAUUCCAGCUUGCGCAACUCGAGCUCCAGCAGGAAGCGAUCCAGCGCUCGACGAUCAGCCAAGGACGGCGACUUGUCCGUGAGCGAUAAGAUGUUUGAAUCCGCCGACUUCAGCCGCCGCGACUCGGUGAAAAUGAAGCAUCGCCGCUCAGGCUCCGACACUGGCAAGGCGUAUUCACACGAGGAGGAGAAGCCUCACCAUAAGCCACGGCGGAUAGCGUCCAGCACCUACCUGAGCGUGGACUACAUCGCGGAAGAGAAGGAGGAGGUCGAGGACGACGGAGCCCCCUUUCCCUCAGUUUCGCAAGGGCGUCGUCGGGAUGAAUUCGACCGCAAAGACCAUCGGCUCUCUACCCGCACACUCCCCAGCCCCAACGAAGCGCUCAAACUGAAGCGCAGCAGCUCCAGGCUGAAGCGCCUCUCGGCGCCCCUCAGUCCGCACGAGACCAAGCGAGCCACCGAGGAGUCCGUUCAGCCCACCAAGCCCACGGGUUACGAACGACCCCAAUCAGCCGAUUCCAUCGAUGACGCUGUCGAAUCUUACCUCUGCUCUCCGCGGUUGUCUCAGAAGAUUCGUCAUCCCCAAACCGGCCGCAUCAUUUCGUUUUCAGAAGUCGGAGACCCCGAGGGCUUCGCGGUUUUCUGCUGCGUGGGAAUGGGCUUGACGAGAUACAUCACUGCGUUUUACGACGAGCUGGCGCUGACGCUCAGGCUUCGCCUUAUUACGCCAGACCGACCGGGAGUGGGGGACAGCGAGCCCUAUGCUGAUGGGACAAGCACUCCCCUCAGUUGGCCCGACGAUGUAUAUGCCAUUUGCCAAACGCUCAAAAUCACCAAAUUCUCCCUCAUGGCCCAUUCGGCUGGCGCCAUCUACGCCCUGGCCACGGCUCUCCGCAUGCCCCAGCACAUUCGAGGCAAGAUUCACCUCCUUGCGCCAUGGAUUCCGCCCUCCCAGAUGAACGUCUUCGGAUCCUCCCAAGUCUCGCCGCCAUCGCACACGCUUCCCACGGCCCAGAGAAUUCUACGGGUUUUGCCUACUUCGUUUCUCAAAGCAGCCAAUAGCAGCUUCAUGUCAGCGACCAGCUCAUCCAUCACAAGCUCCCUGCCCAAGAAUCCCCGGCGGGCAAGACGGAAAACGGGGACCAAAGAAAGCAAAAAUGCUACGCCAUCUGCCGACAAGGAGAACAUCAACCAUGCCGCAGAUGGCAAAGACUCAUAUGGCACACUUGCCAGCGAAGACUCGGCAGUCUCCAAUGCCACGGAUGCCACAGACAAGGCACUGCCUCAACCCCCACUGGAUAAUCAGGCGACAAGCUUCUCCCCUUCAGUAGAUGCCCUCGCCGAAAAGGAGCGACAACAGACGUACGAUAUCCGCCUAACCCACGCCAUCUGGGACCUCGCCACGACGAACGCGAACCCAGCAGUGGACUUGCUCAUCUGCCUGGAAAGGCGGCAUACCAUCGGCUUCCGCUACGUCGACAUUACGCGCCCCGUGAUUAUCCGUCACGGCAGCAGGGACACCAGAGUGCCCGUCGAGAACGUCAAGUGGUUGGGCAAGACGAUGCGCCGGUGCGAGGUCCGCGUGCUUGAAGGGGAAGGCCACGGAUUGAUGGCCAGCGCCACGGUGAUGGGCUCCGUGCUGAUGGAGAUCAGCAGGGAGUGGGAAGACGUCCAGGCUGAGGCGUUGAAAGAGCGCGAGAGGGGACGACGAGGAGCUCCAGCAAGGUGA